AUGUACGAGCUUUAUUACUACCAGCAUGACCCAUCCCGUAUUUCGGCUUGCCCUGUUACCAUCCACGCACUGCUUCACAUCGCGGACAGCAUCGAAGACAUCGGGCCGGUUUGGACGUCGUGGGCCUUCGCAAUGGAGAGAUUCUGUGGGGAUCUCCAGCCCGCUAUCAAGAGCAGGCGGUUCCCUUGGGCAUGCAUCGACAACCACCUCCUGGCCAAGGCCCAGAUCACGCAGAUCAGACUCAUUUACGACAAUGUGAGUAACGCAUUUCCUCUUGUCAUUUGUUCUGUGAUUCCCAACGCUCUGUCGGGAGCAGAUACCACAUGCGUCUUCUCUCCUCCCCGCAAACCGUUUGUCCCAGACCAGGAGCUCCGAAAGAAGAUCCUGGGCGCGCUGAGUACUCGUCUAGGCCGCACGAACUCCGCGCUGGUUAAGAAACAUACGCCUAUGGAGCUCAUAGGAUGGGGUCGAGUUCGAAUCCGGAAUGAGGGCGACACGCUUCAUGCGUAUCGGGUUCAGAGCCGCACUAGGGAUGCGAGGGACGCCACUUUUGUGAGAUAUGAAGUUCUUGUUGACAAGAACAAGCACAAAGCCAGAAAGCAACCGUCCUAUGAGCUGCAGACGUUCUACGGCCGACUGGAGUACGUCGUUCAGGUCAACUUUGAUACGCAGACGGCACAGCGGCUGGGGCUAGAUGUCCUCUCUCCAGACGGGGCAGUCGUUGCUCUUGCCGCAGUAUUGGAGUGCGCAAUCGAGCGUAGCCACUCAAGGCUUGACAUUCACUUCUACCGUAAUUUUGGUAGCAUUUCUGUGGUCGACCUCAGCUGUGUUCAGUGCGUUGUCGGUCGUGUAUGGGAUCCUGAAGCAUACAUGUGGGGCAUUGUUGAUAGGAGCGGUUCGUUAUCCAGAGCUCUCGUAGUAGUAGAUGAGUAG